AUGAUUGCAAAGUUAUCGCUGGCUCUCGUUACUGGCGCAGUUCUGGUUUCGGCCACUACCUCAGCUAAGAGAGACUUAGACGCCGUCGCGGAGGAGUAUGACUACAUCAUCGUUGGCGGAGGGACAAGUGGGCUCGUCGUGGCCAACAGACUGAGCGAAAACCCCGAUACCACUGUUCUUGUCAUUGAGUAUGGCGACUUUCCGAAUAGCAUCAAUGUGACGGUACCCUUUUUCACCACUUACGACCAGUCGGUCCGUCUUUAUAAUGUCACUUCCGUACCGCAAGCUCAUUUGGGCAACCGGACCUCGCGACUACGUAUCGGCGCUACAGUCGGCGGAUCAUCAAGUGUCAACGGCAUGGCGUGGGAUCGGGGUUCAAUCGCCGAUUACGACUCCUGGGAGGCACUCGGCAAUCCCGGCUGGGGCUGGGAUACAAUGCUGAAGUACUUUUGCAAGUCCUCCACCUUUGCGCCACCUUCUAAAGAGUAUGUUGACAAGUACGGUUACCAAUGGAGUCAGGAUGCGUAUGGGAAUGGCCCAGUGAAGGUCGGCUUCCCAUCUUGGCAGUGGCCAGAGGCAGACCUUCAAGCUCGGGCUUGGGCCGAAGAUAUCAAGUUUCCGAAGUUGAAGGACGGGGCUGACGGCGACAACGUGGGUAUUGCGUGGCUACCUCAGAAUUCUGGUGGCAAGGAUGCAACACGUUCAACAGCCGAAACAGCAUAUUUCAACCCAGCCAGCGACCGUAAGAAUCUCCACUUGCUUGUGCGACAUUACGGUGCUGCGAUCAGUUUUGAGGGACGCUCAACUGCUGGUAUCGAUGUUGCGAGCCGUGACGGAUCUAGGACACGAUUUGUGAGAUCAAAAAACGUGGUUCUAGCCGCCGGCGCUGUUAACACGCCGCGCAUUCUCCAAUUGUCUGGUAUUGGCCCUUCAAAGCUUCUAAAGGGCCUUGGCAUAAAAGUCGUCGUUGAUUCUCCGGGAGUUGGUGCUAAUUUUCAGGAUCACCCUGCCAUUUUCAUGGUGUAUGACUUUACCAAUGACACUUCAAUGAACCCUACGUUGAUGAAAAACGAAACCUUCUACAACCAGUCAUGGGCUGAGUACCAAGCCAACAGGACCGGACCACACACACAUUCGUGGGGAAACAAGGUUGUUUUCACGUCUUUGCAAGAUCUUGACCCAAGAAACUACCAAAAGAUUGCCGAAGCGCUCAGUGCACAAGAGCCAUUGCAAUACCUCCCUCAAAUCUACGCUGAAAACCAAGAAUUGAUCAACGGGUUCAAGAAACAACGGGAUGUCUUGAAACAGCAGUUUCUGAAUCCCAAGGCCGGUGUGGUGGAGAUAACUUUUGGCGGCGCCGAGAGUAUCCCAGUAGCCCUUCAAAAGCCGCUUUCCAGAGGCACCAUCGUCAUCAACACUACAAAUCCGGAUCCCUCAAUUGCACCUCUGGUCGACUUUAACACCAUCUCUAAUCCGAUCGAUAGUCUCAUUCUCGUUCGUUCCGUGGCAAAAGCCCGAGAAUUCAUGUCACGUCCUAGUGUUGCCUCUCUUGCCCCUGUUGAGUUGUCGCCAGGUCCCGGUGCUACCAGUGAUGCUGAGAUUGAGACUAUCAUGCGCCAGUCAUGGUUGUCGCCGAGUUUUGAUCACCCUGUGGGAAGUGCAGCUAUGAUGCCUCGGGAAUGGGGCGGUGUCGUCGACAACAAGUUGCGAGUCUAUGGUGUGGAGGGGCUCUGGGUUGUUGAUGGGAGCAUCAUGCCUAUCUUGCCAGCAGCUCAUACGCAGGCCACAGUUUACGCUGUUGCCGAGCAUGCGGCCGACAUAAUUAAGUCGUUUGGGAGCAAAACUAUUUAG